UGACUCUUGUGCUACCUGUUGUUCCUCAGCUUCGACCUGACCGACCCCUACUGAAAUCCCCUCCCUUAGUUGAGUAUGAUGCUUUGAUCGUGGGCAGGAACCUCAUCUAGUCAUUCAUUCAUUUACUGCCCUGCUCCUCCUGUCAGAGCAGUCGACUUCUCCUCAUCCAUCCACAGACAACUUACCAUGGCUGUCCGAGAAGCCUCUCACGCGGGGUCAUGGUAUUCAGGUAAUGGUAAACAACUGACAUCCCAACUGGACAGCUGGCUAGCCAAAGUGCCCGAAAAACCCAUCCUUCCAGGAGUAGACAAACUCCCUCUUUCUGGUGCCCGAGCCAUCAUCUCUCCCCACGCUGGUUACGCAUACUCAGGUCCUGCCGCAGCCUGGGCAUUCAAAUGCCUGAAUCUGUCUGAAGCCCAACGAAUAUUCAUUCUCCAUCCCUCCCACCAUCAUCACCUCAGUACCGCAGCCUUACCUGUAGUCGACGCAUAUGAAACCCCAUUAUCCGACUCCCCUCUCCCCCUCGACCACGAAACAAUCGCUGCACUAGUCAAACUUUCCACCGAAGCAAACGGACGUACAAUCAAAUUCACCACCAUGUCUCAAAACAUCGACGAAGCCGAACACAGUGCCGAGAUGCAAUUACCCUACAUCCACCGUCUUCUUCAGAACCUCUACCCCGACCGACCCGAAUCCACAUAUCCCCCACUCGUCCCCAUCAUGGUCGGCGGCACCAACCCAACAACCGAAGCCGCGUUGGGAAAACUCCUCGCUCCAUAUAUUGCCGACAAGGCGAACGCAUUCGUCAUCUCAUCUGAUUUCUGCCACUGGGGAUCACGCUUCGGAUAUACAUAUUACCUACCUGACGCACCAAGCCCAGCCUUAUCACCACUCACAUUACCGAAUGGAGUUCGAGGGACUCAACAAAGCAGUAGUACCCCAGAGAGAGAAGAUCAAGAAACAACACACAAACUUCACACUCUCGGCCAAGGACAUGAUCUCCGAUCCAAUAGCAAAAUCUCCAAGACCGGUCCACAGAUCUAUGAAAGUAUCGCCCACGCCGAUCGAGCUUGCAUGUGUGCCAUUGCCACGGGUGAACACUCGGAGUUUCUACGUGUACUACAAGAGACGGGAAAUACGGUUUGUGGGCGUCAUCCAAUUGGGGUAUUUAUGGCGGGAGUUGAGGAGGUGAAACGGUUGAAACAACACGAGGAGGCGGGUGGUGGUGGGGAGGGGUUAGAUUCGGAGUUUGGUCGCUUUCGCUUUAUGAGGUAUGAACGAAGUAGUGAUGCGGAGUCAUAUAGAGAUAGUAGUGUUAGCUAUGUGAGUGCUUUUGCUGUCUUAUGAGAGGGAGAGGGAGGGAAAGGCAAGCAAGCAGGAAGAACAUCUGCUUUGAGAUACGAGAAUAGAAUCCUUGUUGUCAACAAGGUAAUGCAAUAUACACGGUGUGUGGACACCUUCCUACUCCGUAUGCCCCGUCCCUACUGGAUGUUGACAUGACGGGGUUGU